AAUAUCGAGUCCCCAAAUAUUUUUCCACGUUAAAAUACAUUAUAAUACUAAUUCAAUAAUUAAGUAAAAAAACAAGAGGGAGAAAGAAGUAGGAACCAGUAAGAUUGGGGAAUAGUUGAUAAACAGUUUCAGUGAGUGUUUCGAAUCAGUCGAUCAGAAAAAGUCGUGAUCAUGCAUUCCUUCGUGGAGUACUCCGCUAACUGCGAUUUUCCUAUUGAAAAUCUACCUUAUGGCGUCUUUUCGACAGCAAAUAACUCCCGCAAGAGAAUAGGAGUGGCGAUCGGUGACGAAAUAUUAGAUCUCUCCCUGAUCUCCCAUCUCUUCGACGGGCCAUUGUUAAAAGACAAUCAAGACGUGUUUCGCCGCGAUUGCCUCAAUGAUUUUAUGGCCCUGGGGAGACCCAGUUGGUUAGAAGCCAGGAACAAGCUUCAAAGUUUGCUGUCAGCCAGUAACCCGACUUUGCAGGAAGCAGACACUCGUUCGAAGGUGUUCGUGAAACAAAAUGAGGCAACGAUGCAUCUGCCAGCGAAGAUCGGCGACUACACAGACUUUUAUUCCUCCAUUUAUCACGCCACGAAUGUUGGCAUGAUGUUCCGUGGAAAGGCGGACGCGUUGAUGCCAAACUGGAAAUAUUUACCCGUCGGUUAUCACGGAAGAGCAAGCUCGGUGGUUGUCUCUGGUACGCCGAUAAGAAGACCACGUGGGCAGACACUUCCGGUGGAAGGUGCAGCUCCAGCUUUUGGUCCUUCCAGGUCGAUGGACUUUGAACUGGAAGUAGCCUUCUUCGUUGGGGGACCUCCCACCAAAGUGGGUGAUCCCGUUCCAAUUUCUGAAACCUAUGAUCAUAUCUUUGGGUUUGUCACCAUGAACGACUGGAGUGCUAGGGAUAUACAGAAGUGGGAGUACGUUCCUUUGGGUCCUUUCGGUGCGAAAAAUCUGGGGACGACCAUAUCUCCUUGGGUGGUUACUAUGGAGGCUUUGAAGCCUUUCGAAGUUGACAAUUUCCCUCAGGAUCCUGUUCCAUUUCCGUAUCUGCAACAUAGCGAACCUUGCAACUUUGAUAUCAGGCUGGAAGUUGAUAUAAAGUCUCCCAGCGGUGUUGUCACAACGGUUUGUCACAGCAACUACAAGUACAUGUACUGGACACCCCGCCAGCAAUUAGCUCACCACACCGUGACAGGAUGCAAUAUCAAUCCGGGGGAUUUAAUGGCUUCCGGCACAAUAAGUGGCGAGGCUUCCGAUUCUUUCGGUUCUAUGCUCGAGCUCGCAUGGAAAGGCACCCGACCUGUACCGUUACGAGAUGGCACAAACAGGAAGUUCCUGGAAGACGGCGACGAAGUGAUCAUACGAGGUUACUGUGUCGGCGAUGGCUAUAGAAUUGGUUUCGGAUCGUGUGCAGGGAAAUUAUUGCCUGCCCAUGCUGUAUAAUUCUUCUGUUCUCUAUAUCUGAAAAAUUGUUAUUCUUAUUUUUUAUGUAUGUCACGAAUAAAGGGUUGAUAUGACUUGUAUA